CCUUGGAGACACUGGCAGAGCUGGAUCACGGCAUGAUAGAGCAACUGUAGGGUCUCCACUUCGCUACACUUCCACUUCGCUAUCACCACUGAGCUGUGGCACUAUACAGACGUGCUGGGCUAGAGAGGAACAGAGAGUCAGGACUUGAGUCCUGGAAGGAGACUAAAGAUUUGACAGAGACCUAGGAAGAGGAGGAGGAGGCAGUCAAGAGUGUGAAGAAAAAGCGGAGGAGUCAGGAGUCUGAGGAUGCACGGAGCGAGCUGAAGGAGCUGCUGAGCUUGCAGCAGCAGCCAAGCAACACUUCUAAACUCAAAUACACACUACUUCCAGGGGAGGACAGUGUGUGGUGCCCCCAGUGGAGGAUGAAGAAGCACUCAGCCCGAGUGGCUCCUCUCAGCUCAUACAGCACUCAGGUCCUGACCUGCCCUAACUCUGAAGGAGAGGAUGGCUCGGAAUCUCACGCAGAGACACCAGGAAGUGAGACCAGUAUGGAGAGCCAGUCCUUCCAUACGUGCGCCAACACGGCUCUGAAGGUGCUGGGUGGUUUGCUGAUGGUGCUGUGUGUUUCCUCCUCCUGGGUGGGUACCACUCAGGUGGUGAAGCUGACCUUCCAGUCAUUCUCCUGUCCCUUCUUCAUCUCCUGGUUCAGCAGCAACUGGAACAUCCUCAUCUUCCCCAUCUACUACUCGGGACAUGUCGUCACCACACGGGAGAAGCAGACCCCCAUCCAGAAAUUCAGGGAGUGCAGCAAGCUCUUUGGGGAGGAUGGAAUGACUCUCAAGCUUUUUGUAAAGAGGACAGCACCCUUCUCAAUCCUGUGGACACUGACCAACUACCUGUACCUCUUAGCCUUGAAGAAAUUGACCGCCACUGAUGUCUCUGCCCUCUACUGUUGCCACAAAGCUUUUGUUUUUCUCCUCUCAUGGAUUGUCCUCAAGGACCGGUUCAUGGGUGUUCGGAUUGUGGCUGCCAUAAUGGCCAUCACAGGUAUUGUCAUGAUGGCUUAUGCUGACGGUUUCCACGGUGAUUCCUUUGUGGGUGUGGCAUUGGCUGUGGGCUCAGCCUCAACUUCAGCUCUUUAUAAGGUGCUGUUCAAGAUGUUCCUAGGCAGCGCCAACCUUGGAGAAGUGGCUCAUUUUCUUUCCACCAUGGGCUUUUUCAACCUCAUCUUCAUCUCCUGUGUGCCCCUCAUCCUGUAUUUCACCAGGGUAGAGCACUGGGGCUCACUCUCCUCACUGCCGUGGGGAUACAUGUGUGGACUGGCAGGACUGUGGCUGGCGUUCAACAUCCUGGUCCAUGUUGGUGUGGUACUGACUUACCCCAUUCUGAUCUCUAUAGGGACACUGCUCAGUGUGCCGGGAAAUGCAGCUGUAGAUCUUUUGAAACAUGAGGUGAUCUUCAGUGUGGUGCGACUGGCUGCCACCUGCAUCAUCUGCCUGGGCUUCCUGCUCAUGCUGCUACCAGAGGAAUGGGACUCAGUCACUCUGCGUUUCUUGGCCACCAUUGCGGACAAAAAGUCAGAGGACCACGGCGAGGAGCUCACAGACUCCAGCACCCACACUCGAAGCCGCAGUCGCGCAAAUGGCACUGUCUCCAUUCCCUUGGCAUGACAUGCUCUGAUAGUAACCUCUGUUAACCAGUCUGGAAACUCCACAUUUCUCCAGAGCCCACACUGGAGGUGUGGUGGGACGCUCAGUCCAUGUGGACUCAUCUAUCAGGAAGUGAGGCAGUAACGUCUUGAACUUCAAACUUCACUCUGGAGACGUACUGUUUCUAUCACUUCACAACAACAGGGGAAACUGAAAACAUUUAUGGAUCAUGCAACUUGAAAGAGCUGAAAGUGUUAUUUACUUUCUUGACAUACUUGCCGCGCUCCAUCCCUCGCACGCACCCAAACCAAGAGCUGACUGGCUCCCCUUGAGAUGCUCUGCAGACUGUAUUCUGUGAAUAUAACUAUCAGCGGGGCCAGUUUGGCUCAGUCUUACACAUAUUUAUGAUAUUUAUUUAGAUCUGUAUCAAUAAGAGUAAUAAUUUUAAAUCUUACUGAAUAGCGUUAUAUAGAAGAAUGAUGAUUAUACUAUGCUUAAUGUACAGGAUCUUUUGAUUUUGUAAUAAAAGUCUUAAAACCCA